CGAUCAGAGGGUCAAGGCUGGUAUGGUACCUUACACUUGGACUGUGUAAUGUACUGUAUUGAAUGAUACGAAAAUUAUCUCCGCGGGCUCCUUCCGACGUCAUGUCCCUCCGAGUUUACGCGCAAUAGCAUUUACUUUCACCGAGCCAGGCAAAAUCAAACAAGACUUGAUUGACUCCAACCCCUCCUGCUCCAGGCCUUUCACAUAAUUGCCACCGCGAAUUGCAGCUUUUCCUGAGACAGCCACAGCAAGAUGACCGAGCCUCUCCCAUCAUCUUUCGAGGAACAUCCUCAAUUCCAGGAGGAGACUUCCCUCCAAAAGUUCCGCAGACGACUCAAGGAAGAGCCUCUGAUUCCGCUAGGAUGUGCUGCCACUUCCUACGCGCUUUACCGGGCCUACCGGUCGAUGAAGGUCGGCGACUCGGUCGAAAUGAAUAAGAUGUUCCGUGCCCGUAUCUACGGCCAGUUUUUCACCCUUAUCGCCGUGGUUGCCGGAGGCAUGUAUUACAAGACCGAGCGCACACAACGGAGGGAAUUCGAGCAGAUGGUGGAGGCGCGCAAGAGUCAGGAGAAGCGGGACGCUUGGCUGCGAGAGUUGGAGAUUCGAGACCAGGAGGAUCGGGGCUGGCGGGAGCGUCAUGCGGCUAUUGAGGCUGCGGCGAAUGAAGCUGCUCAGGCUAAGAAACAGGUUGCAGAACAGGAUGCUGCUCGGUCGGCUAUUGAGCCCUCUGAGGAGAAGUCCAUUGGGGUGUUGAGUGCCGUGAGGGAAUUGCUGUCAAGGCAGAAGUAAGGCUGGCAAAAGCAGGUGUCUUGAAAUUGUAUUUCUUACGUGAUUCUCAUUGAUCUGGGUAUCAUACUGUACAUAUAUAUAUACGUUCGAUUUGAAAUAACACUCUCCGUAUCUUAUC